UGAAGUAGUGAAGCAUGCGGGCAGUAGCACAUACAGUAGUGAAGUCUGAAGCCCAGUGAAUGUUAAACUCAUGAGGACAUACUUUCUCUUCAGCACUGUUCAUACAUUCAGCCUGAUAACCAAACCACAGCUUUAGGAGAAACACCUCGUCCUGUGAGUGGAAGUGAAUUUCAGAUAUGAGGGGCUUGCUUUUAUUUUUUUCCCCUUCUCCUGAAACCUGCUGUGCUGACAGUGACUAAGGAUAGCCAAGAUUUUGGUUAAUGGUUAACAGAAUAGUAUAACCACACAGACUGACUUCCUUCUGCUGGGGCCAGGACCAAAAGCUGCUUUGCUUGCAGGGGAAGAGGCAAGCGUGGAAAGCAGAGCAGUUCACAUUGUGAAGGGCUGGAGAACAGAGGCUUCACCCUGUGGAGAAAGGAGGAGGAAAAUCCAAAAAGAGCAAGAGGUGUUUGCCAUAAAGAAAGGUGUGGCUGGUUGAGACACACGUUAUACCUGACUGCUCGGACAUGUGCGGCUCGGGGAGAGGGGCAAAGUGAGGAAGGACCUGUUUGCUGUGAACUUGAAAGUUGGAGAGGGCAGGAGAGCACCUCCUCCACCCUGGGACUGCUCAUGGCAGGAGAGACACCCUCUUCAGACUGUUCUCAUCUCAUCGACCACAGCCACGUCCCAGAGUUUGAGGUGGCUCUGGGGGUCAAGAUCACCUUGGCUUUUAUCUAUGUCUGUAUCUUUGUUGCGGGCCUCCUGGGCAACAGCAUCACCAUCAAGGCCACCAGGAUCCUGCAGAGGAAAGGCUACCUGCAGAAGGAGGUCACUGACCACAUGGUCAGCCUGGCCUGCUCCGACCUGCUGGUCAUCCUGCUGGGCAUGCCCAUGGAAUUCUACAGUGCCAUCUGGAGCCCCUUUUCUGCCCCCAAUGGCAACAUUGCCUGCAAGCUCUACUACUUCCUCUUCGAAGCCUGCAGCUAUGCCACUGUGCUGCAUGUGGCCACGCUCAGCUUUGAGAGGUAUGUGGCCAUCUGCCACCCCUUCAAGUUCAAGGCUGUGUCCGGACCCCGCACGGUGAAGCUGCUCAUCGCCUUUGUCUGGGGUACAUCUGUCAUAGUGGCUCUGCCCCUGCUCUUUGCCAUGGGCACAGAAUAUCCCCUGGAGAUCAUCGAGGGCUACCAGAGAGUGAGUUCCUGUGUCAGACCUACUCCCAGGCACUACAUUCCUGAGCUGAAGCACAACAUGACCAUCUGCACCAACCUCUCCUCCAAGUGGUCUCUGUUUCAAGCCAGCAUCUUCAGCGCCUUUGCUGUGUACAUCAUCGUGCUGGGAUCUGUCACCUUCAUGUGCCACAGCAUGAUGAAAGCCCUGAUGAUCCACAAGGAAGGGACUGUGGCAGUGAAGGGUGGACUAAGACACCAGGAGAAGUACCUAAGGAAAAGUGAAAGUUCAGAGGGCAAGAGCUCCAGGAGACAGAUCACUUUAUUCCUGGGUAAGAGCCACAUCCUAGUCUGCCUCCCCUACCCCCUUUCCACAUGGCAAGAAAGCCCAGAAACCUCCGUUUUUAUCUCACCAAGCUCUCCCAAAGGGGAAACAUGA